CCUGCCACGGUAUCAGUAUCACCAAUAUUUUUUUGGAUACGAACCACCAUAUAACCUUCGCCAAGUUCUCUCUCUAGCCCUUCCUUUCUCUCUCCGUCGGCGAUGCAGAGACUUUCCAUAGACUCAUCAUCAGCUUCGAAGCUCCACAGCUAUGGUGGACGAAAGGACGACACCUAUAAUAUCGAUGAUGACUCAAAACGCAAAGAAUCACUCUCCUCUCCUCAUCCUUCUUCGUCAUUGUCCCCUGAUGAUCACGACCUCAAGGACGUUAAGCUGAGACGGUUAUCGUCGCUGCAGUCUCCCUAUCAGAAACGAGAGAAUCUCGUCCACGUCAUCCCCGUCCUCACUCUUAUCUGCUUCGUCAUCCUCUACCUCUCUUCUCACGAUCCCUCCCAAUCAGAUUUGGCUCAGUUUGACGGAUUCAUGCGUACAUCAAAGCGUCUAGAAUCGGAGGAAGACGGCGAAAUCUCUGAGCUGAUGAUCAGUGCCGGCGACGACGCUCUGUCUAUCCGUAGCAGCAUAAGGAAGUUGAGAGAGACGGAAUCGCUUCCCCGUCGCCGGACCUCUCACCGGAAAACAGCUGACUUCUAGCUUUUUUUAUUCACUCACAUCUUCGUCGUCCUCUAGAGUUUUCUUGUGGUUUUGUUCGUUUGAAACUCAAAAAAGAAAUUCGCGAUUCGCGUUUCUGUUAUAACUAAUAGAUAUUUUUUAAAAAAUCGAAAUCGACUCGCCGGUUUACGAUAAAACCGGCCGGCGAUGGAGUAACCGUCAUGCUA